CUGCUGCCUAGUGACCAAUGGGGGGCCUCCAAUCGAGCGCGGACAAAUUGUUUACUUGUUGUGCUCUCAAUGGAGGCAUAUGUGUGUGUUUAAACUUAAAACCCGACAAGCCAGACACAUAUUCGUUGCCUUCCGCGUUUCAAGUGCAUCGCGAUGAGCUCCCCCAGGAAUGACAUGCUGCUGGACAGAAGCAAACGCAAGAAGAGGAAGGAGCUCAGCGAGGAGCAGAAACACGAAAUAAGAGAAGCCUUCGAGUUGUUUGACACGGACAAAGAUAACGAAAUCGACUACCAUGAGCUGAAGGUGGCAAUGCGGGCGCUGGGCUUGGAGGUAAAGAAGGUGGAUGUUCUGCAGAUUCUGAAGGACUACGACAGAGAGGGAAACGGCAAAAUCACCUUUGAGGACUUCAACGAAGUUGUGACGGAGCUCAUCCUGGAGCGAGACCCCAAGGAGGAGAUCAUGAAGGCCUUUAGACUCUUUGACGAUGACGAGUCAGGGAAGAUCAGCCUACGGAACCUCAGGCGAGUGGCGAGGGAGCUCGGCGAGAACACCAGCGAAGAAGAACUACGAAGUAUGAUUGACGCCUUUGACGCUGACGGAGACGGCGAAAUAAACCAGGAGGAGUUCCUGUCCAUCAUGAGCGAAACGCCCUGAGGAGUCUGGGUGACGUUUGUCCAUGUCCAGCAAGCAUCAUCGCGAUGUCCUCCAGGCGGACAAGAACUUUGCGUGAUGACGGGAUCAUAAUCAGUGGAAGAAAGGUGUUGGUCGGGUUUUUUUUCCCCACCAGAAGACGUGAAGGUCGGAGGGUGUCUGCGGUCUCACGUGGACCGACACGUGAGUGUGUGAAUGUUUUUGGGUUCAUGUGUACAUUUCUUGUUUACCAAUAAAUUGUUCUCUGUAUAGUUUCUGACAACAUCAAAACAUCUCAUUAAGAUGUAUUAAAAAAAAACAAAAAACACCCAAAGUAAACGCAGAAGAAAAAAUAUAUUUGUUCGGAAAGGACAAUAUUGCGUUUGGCCACGGGAGGGCGCCACAGACUUGCUCCUUAAAGCGAGCAUCACGAAUAAUACAGUUCUACUGUAAUACAGUACACACAAAUGUUUCAUUAGACCUUUCCAGUUCUUUUCUUUAGUCAUUAGACAAACUUUAAAAAAAUGAAAUGAGUUUAAUUUCGCAGUUUUAUUAGCUACUUGAAAACGGUGAUUAGUAAAUGGUGUACUACUGUAAAUAGAUAUCCAAGAGAAAUUCACAAUACACACUGUAAAUAAACAUGGCUUUCAAAUGUAGUUUCUUUUAUUCAAGGACGUCGUUACAUGUGAUUAUUGUUUUCUAUUGUUUAAUAUUAAUAUAUUAAAAU